AAACCAGUGAACCGUUAGUCACGAUAAAGAGCACAAGAGAAGCGCACCUUGCUUUAGUUUUUAAUUAUCCUUGUACAAAUAUUUAUGGAAUUAAACAUAUCAUAAUUCGUUAUCCGCCAUAGUACCUACAGCGAAGGCAGUUCUGAUGCGAAAGAAGCAAAACCCAAUAAACUCACAGUAUUCGGAAAGAUAAUAUACCAUUAUAUGGCAGCCCAUGUGCAGCCAUGCAUUACCAAUGGCGAAUCGGAUAUUGACAGCAUUGAUGCAGCACAUCUUCUGGAGAAACAUAAGGAGACAGUUCAUAAAGAUACAGUUUCCAACUCGAAUACCUCCGUGAGAGCAGAAAGGACAACAUCAUUCAAAAAAAUUUGUGAUGAAAAUGAUUUGGAGACCGAUGCGAAUCAGACAAAUCUUAUUGUCAACUAUUUGCCUCCAUCUAUGUCACAGGAAGAGAUGCGUUCAUUAUUUUCAACAGUUGGAAAUAUUUCAAGCUGCAAAUUAAUUAGAGACCGAACAUCUGGUCAGAGUCUUGGGUAUGGAUUUGUGAAUUACACUUCUCCCAAGGACGCUACACGUGCCAUCAAACUACUAAACCGGACUCGCGUGCAAAACAAGAUUAUCAAGGUUUCGCUGGCCCGACCGAGCUGCGAAUCAAUCAAGGGAGCCAACUUGUACAUAUGUGGAUUGCCCAAAACUAUGACAGAGAAGGAGCUGGAGAAACUCUUCCAGCAAUGCGGCAACAUUAUCACUUCCCGAAUUCUGCGUGACAGUUCCACAAAUCAAUCAAAAGGCGUCGGGUUUAUUCGGUUUGACCAACGACAUGAAGCCGAAUUAGCAAUUCAGCAGUUCAACGGGUAUCGAGUCAAUGGAUCCACAGAAAUGCCUUUGGUUGUUAAGUUUGCCAACUUACCCACCUCAAUAAAGGCUGCUUCGAUGUUAUGUUCAACAAGAGACCAAGGAUCAAUUACUGGGGACCCUGUUAUUUCGCGUCUUUCAAGUCUAAUCGACUUCAGUCCUUUUGGAAUCGAAGCACCUACGCUGCCCAACGUUUUGACUGGGCCGAGCUUACUCAAGGAACCAGGCGCGGAAAUAUUUGACCUGUUGAAUGCCACUCAGUACGCGAGAGGAUCUUCUCUUAUAGACUCCAGUGGUGGCCCUAUCUCAGCCAGCAAUACUAAUACGCUGAGAAGAGUGGGAGGGCCCGUGCAUAGCUACGAAACACACAGAUUAAGGUUCAACCCUUUCGAUGGAUGCGCAGUUCAAGUUGCAGUCAAUCCUUUUGAACGACCGAAAGUGCAGCAGAUUAAAGAAUUGACCUCGGUACCCACAGCGCCAACUGGAUUCAGACUAGCUUCCAAAUACCAAGAGGAGUUUCAAAAUUCUAUGAACGCUGCUGUGGCACUGGCGGCUGCUUCCGUUCCGCAGGCAACGUCGACAAACACACAACAUAUUGUAGCUGCAAAUGCACUUGGAACGAGGAUACCCGGAUUAGCAGGGCUAGAAUCCCCCCAGUGGUUAACAAGAUUCCCAGGAGCGCCGGUCGGUACUAUCGGUCCCGCGUGUACCAAUGGAACAGCAUUCAAUGAUUUAUUACAAACUCAGGAUCGCUUACAGAAUGCAGUUUCACAAUUUUCACUAAUGGUCCCGACAGAUUCAUCCUACAUGUCAUUCGGGGCAUCUCUUGCAGCCACAAAUGACUCCGUACCGGACUUUCUGUCUGCCAUCACAAACAGUGAUGCGAUAUAUGGUGCUAUCGGCCGGACAUCGUUGCAAUCGAUGGCGAUAGAGCAACUACCGAUUAAUCCGUUUCCACUGCAGUCAUCCCAAGUGUCCGUACUUGGAACCCCGAUGCACUCAGCAGGUGCUCUUGUGCGAGUGGAUGGCCUAAGUUGCAGUACACACGAGUCAAUCGUCGCACGCCUCUUCUCUCCAUUUCCGGGAGUAUUAUCAGUGCAUAUUGUGCCCGCCACCACGACGAAUACCCUGCACAAGCAGAAAGCAUAUGAAAAUCUAGGGUCGUCAUCGUGCAGUGCUUUUGUGAUCAUGUCCGACGCGGAACAAGCAAAGCUGGCGAGCCAGUAUCUGAACGGGUGCACGUUGCAGAACAGGUUGCUACAAGUAGUGUGGGAACCUAUUUCGCCGGCAGCGCAAUGUCUUUCCACUGAACUGUUAUCCAAAUUGACCUAUCCGCAAUUCGCCGUCAGCCACAUGCAACAGGGAGCCGCCACCAACUGACGAUCACAAGGUCCACGGUGAGCACACAUACCAGGAGUCAAACAAAGUGAAGAUGCGAUGAAUUCGGACCAUGGAACUGAGACUGCAAUUAUGGAGUCUACUUAUCUAUUAUUUCCAUCAUUUGCUAUGUUUAAUGGGCUGCUGCCAAUGCGCUUCAGCUCAAUCCAAGUGAGGCCACUAGGCGCUACACUUCCUGUAUAUGUGUGUAUGUAAACUCUAAAGCUGUUCGACCUGAUUAUGACCGAGCAGACUCAAAAAAGAGACGAAAAUAUGAUUGACGAACAGAGGCU